CCAUACCUAUCAAAAUAUUAUUCUUCAUUCAAAAUAGAAAACAAGUGCUUGAUUAAAUUUAUGUGUUUAUUAGUAAAAUAGUUUAUAUCCAAAUUAUGCCAAAUAGUCGCGCAGUUUUGUUGUUGCGACGGUUGUCCUCAAACGAUGGUAAAUUGAAGAAUUUAAAUUUAAAUACAAAUACUAAAGAAGUAUUCACUACAAAUCCUGUGUGUAACCAAAGGGAUUUUUGUUGGAGCGUUAGGGCUUCUGCAUUUUGCAACACUCAACAAUCAAAUUCACCUCAAAAUAUACGAAACAUAAGUGAAAAUAUAAUAAGAAUGGCUGCUUCUAGUACAGAUGGUGCUUCAGGUGAGAAACCAAAAUUUACCAACAAAUUAAUUCAUGAAAAGUCCCCAUAUCUUCUGCAGCAUGCCCAUAACCCCGUUAAUUGGUACCCUUGGGGACAAGAGGCGAUUGAUAAAGCAAAAGAAGAGAAGAAGCUAAUAUUUCUUUCUGUCGGAUAUUCCACAUGCCACUGGUGCCACGUAAUGGAAAGAGAAUCUUUUGAAAAUGAAGAGAUUGCAAACAUUUUGAAUGAUAAUUUCAUUUGCAUUAAGCUGGACCGUGAAGAAAGACCAGAUAUUGAUCGAGUUUAUAUGAUCUUUAUAAUGGCUACAUCUGGAUGUGGUGGAUGGCCUAUGAAUUUGUUUCUCACAUCUGAUCUGAAACCUGUCCAAGGGGGGACUUACUAUCCUCCCGAAGACAGAUGGGGAUUUAAAGGAUUUAAAACAAUUAUUCAGGAAAUUGCUGAGCAUUGGAGAACCAAUCCACAAAGGCUCUUAUCCAUUGGUGAUAGAGUCAUAGACCAUAUUGAAAAGGCAUCAAAGCUAAGCAGAAACUCAUCAGCAGUGCCUGGCGAAGUAACUUGGUUAAAAUGUGUUGAGAAAUAUAUGUCCAUGUAUGAACCAGACUUUGGAGGCUUUGGAACAUCCCCUAAAUUUCCUCAAGUACCUGCUUUCAAUUUUCUCUUCCAUUUUUAUGCCAGAGACAAGAAUGAUUCCAAGGGAAAACAGUGUUUAGAUAUGGUUCUUCAUUCAUUAACCAAAAUGGCUAAAGGUGGUAUACAUGACCAUAUUUCCAGUGGCUUUGCUCGCUAUUCAACUGAUGGUCAUUGGCACUUGCCACAUUUUGAAAAAAUGUUGUAUGAUCAAGCACAAUUGGUGAGCACUUACUCUGACGCAUACUUGGCAACUAAAGAUGAAUACUUUGCAGAUGUUGUUCACGAUAUUAUUAAGUAUGUCAAUAGAGACUUGAGACACGAAUAUGGGGGCUAUUAUAGUGCCGAAGAUGCUGAUUCAUAUCCCUACUAUGGAGCGCCAGAAAAAUUUGAAGGAGCAUUCUAUGUGUGGGAAUUCAAGGAAUUAAAAAGUUUGUUGAAUGAUAAAAAAAUUGGAUCCCAUUCUUAUUUAGACAUUUUCUGCGACUAUUAUAAUGUUGACGAAAGUGGUAAUAUACCGAUUGAAUACUCACAUAAGGGUGAACUGCAAAAUAAAAAUGUGUUCAUAAUUUAUGGAACUGAAGAAGAAGCAAUUGAAAAGUUUGGUCUCACAAAAGAACAAUUUAAAGAAGUUAUAAAUGAAUGUAAAGAAAUAUUAUUCAAAUACCAGCAAAGUAGACCAAGGCCACACUUGGAUACAAAAAUACUAUGCUCAUGGAAUGGGUUAAUGAUUGCUGGCUUAGCACAUGCUGGUCAGUGCUUAGAGGAAAAGAAAUAUGUAGAAGAUGCUAUAAACACUGCUAAGUUCAUAAAAAAGUACUUGUAUGACUCGGAGACGGGGACUCUUAUACACUCUAGCUAUAAAGCUGAUGAUGGAAGUAUUGUUCAUGGAGAUGAGCCGAUAAUGGGACUAUUGGAUGACUACGCAUUUCUGAUACGCGGCUUGAUCGACUUACAUGAAGCGUCUCUAGACCAGCAGUGGCUCCAGUGGGCCAGGGAGUUGCAGGCGAAACAGGAUGAGCUGUUUUGGGAUCAUGACGUCGGUGGCUAUUUCACAUGCUGUGAGACAGAUAAAACCGUUGUUGUUAGACUAAAAGAAGACCAAGACUGUGCCGAGCCGGCCGGCAACAGCGUGGCCUGUCAGAACUUGCUGCGCCUCGCGGCUCACGCGGACAAAACUCCCGCGCCCGAAGGAGGGGAUAAGGAGAGGGAUAUGGCCAAGAAGAUAUUGCAAGCGUUCGCUAAACGAAUGCAAGAUGCUCCCAAUGCGUUGCCCGAAAUGAUUUCAGCGCUCAUGUUGUACAAUGAUUCGCCGACUCAGGUGUUGAUAUCAGGACGAAGCUCGGACCCUCGGACCCUGGAACUAGUGCGGGUGGUGAGGUCUCGGCUGCUGCCGGGCCGUGUGUUGGCCGUCACCGAUCCGGCUAAUGAAUCGCCUGCAGUGCUCAGUCGCAUACGUGCGGCGGGCGACGCCCCGGCGGCGUACGUGUGCCGCCGAUACGCGUGCUCUCUCCCCGUCACCGAUGUCAAACAACUCGAAGAUCUGCUCGACGAACCAGUCAAGCGCGGCACAAACAAUAAUAACUAUUAGCAAUGUUCAAGAGCUUGACUGUGAUUGGUCGAAAACGUAACGUAGUUGUCGCCAUUUGUCAAUUUAAUAGUCCACAGCUUAUAAUAAAAAAUGUUGCUAUGUUCAAUUGUUUUGAAGCGGGUUACAUUUUAAUACUCAAGUAUAUUUCAUCGUGACGCGAUUAUAAUCUAGUUGUAAUGAGUAGAUAAAAAUAUGUGAACUAACAGUAUUUAAUCAUACACAAUAUACUCAAUCGUAGCUGGUAACACUCAGUCAUGUUUUAGCUUAGUGAUUAAAUGUUUGUAAAACGUUAAAAUAAACCGUACCUUUGGCAGGUUACACCAAUGAACUGGCUGGAUACGACAAUGCUAUAAUAAAUGAAACAUUGCAAGUUCACAAUAGGGUUCUAAAACUAUUUAGUUGAAAAAAAGUAAUUUUUGCACAAAUUAAUCGGUACAAAGAUGAAACCAGAUAGAUCACCACUUAUCCAUGUGAGAGUAUUGUGGCAACAGCGUUCAAUUUAUAGUUGUAUUGUCUUCUCCACCCAGGAUACACAACUUGACUAUGUAUUACUUAAAUUGACGAUCUCUCGACGAUAUAAUAUUUGUAGUUGGUAAUCAAAGUUAACUUGGCAUAAAUAUAUUGUUAAAUCCGAAAGUUAAAAAACAUAACAUAUAAUGCAGUUAGCUAAGAAUACUCAUUAAAUUAAACUUACUACUAAUGAAUAAUUCCUGCAUAUUAUUUUUAAUCGUUUUAAAAAUAUGAUAUUUUGUUCGCUAAAAAUCAUUCGAAGAAUCUGUUAUACAAUUUAUUUAAGAUUUAAGGUCACAUAAUCUAUACCUAUGUUGCAAUAUAUUUAUUAUUUAUUUGUCUAUUGUGUAAAAUAUUGUUAUAUUUUUGGAGUUGUAUAAAAAGUUGGCCACUAAAAGUGGAAAAGAAAGGUCUGAUAAUGUGAUAGGACUGUAAAUCUCGAAUUUGGUAUAUUUUAUGGUAGCUAUAUCAUUUGUGAUGAAAAUUUUAAUAAAGUGUGUAGUA